UUACGUCAAGCAUGUCAGGUUCUCUUCAAUUUUUAAACCACUCAGGUCCAGAAAAGCUCACUACUAGCCAAAGCAAAGGGCCCUACGAGGCGAAGCCAACAGAAGUCAGGCAUCUAUCAGCUCACACAUCUCUGAAAAAUAGUGCAGUGGCUUGUUUUGAUUCACUUCUUGAAGUGGUUUCCACCAGGAACCCAAUCAUGUACAAUAAAAAGACAGCUGAUCCAGUCCAUCCUGACUUUGCUGGUUUGUUGGUGAAAAACAAGAAUCUUUUAGCUGAGCUAAGAAAUCUUCAAAACAAACUUUUCAUAAAAGAAACUUCAUUGCAAGAAAUGAAGAGUGAGCUAGAAAGUUACAAAGAAAAUAACAUGCAACAGUCAUUCCAGAUAAUGUCCCUGAAAGAUGAUAUCAAAGACCUAGAGGAACUUAUUGCUUCUCUAACCAGAAUUAAAUCUUUGAAAAGUACCAAUAUUCAGAGUCUUGAAAGAGGCAACUGGGAUCUAUCUGAAAGAAUUCUAGAACUAGAAAAUCGUCUAAGAGUACAUCUGAUUGAAAGAGAAAAGGCAGAGCGAAAAGCAGACCUUUUGGAGAAAAAGUUAGCAGAUGCUAAUGGAUUCACCCCUUAUAUGAAUAUGAAAGGACAAGAAGAUACUUCAGAUAAUUUCAUGAUGAGGGAUAAAGGUGAAGCUAUCCUGGCCAAGAACUUUGAGAGAGACAACUUUUUUCACUCUGAAGGACCAAAAGAUGGGCAGAAAAUUUGGGAUAAAUGUCAACAAGAUUUAAUCCAUAAGGAAAAACAAAAAUAUGAGUUAGACAGACCUCCAUAUUCAUUUGGCUGGGAAACUAAAACUGCACAAUCUCACUAUCAGAAAUUCCUCGGUCAGUUGGCUAUUCUUCUGAGCAACAGCGUUGUCCCCAUACCAGCCACGGAGGAAGCUGUGAAAGAGAGGAUUCAGGAAAUUGGUGCAAAUGAGCAAUCUUGGAAGUCUCAACUAGAGCAGCUGCAUCAUCACCAUGAAGAAGCUGCUGCUCAAGAAUCAUACCAAACUGAAGAAAAAUAUAGGGAACAAAGAAGACCCUUGAAACGUCUAGAAGGAAAAAUUGCUAUUAAUGACUUUGUUCAAGGGAGAUUAGAUUCAGACAGGAAUAAAGAAAACUCCAAGACUGAGAAUUCCCAGAUCGAAGAGCACAGCAAGAUGGUCAAAAAGCUAGAGAAAGACAACAAGCAACAAACAUUAUUGAAGAUUAAGCAGAAUUUGCAGAUUGCUACAACUCAGAGAUUAGAGGAGGAAAUUCAGAAACUUCAGAAACAGCUUAGUGAUUUGAAAUUGUCAAAUAAAAAUAUGAAAAUUCAACUGACAAGAGUAAAUGUCCUUAAAGAGAAAACCAUUCAGAAGCUCAGGCAAUCUUUUACAAAAGUAGAAGCAAUGAAAGAGAAGGCAGCUCCAAAAACAGAUAACUGGAAAACUACAUUAAACUCAGCCAAGCAAGAGGCAAGAUGGGACAAAGACAAGGUCCGUCAGAUGUUAGACACUGUCACUCCUGAGCCCUGCACAACAAAGAGCACACUUGAAGAAGUAUCAGGACGACAACAAGAGCAUGUCGACUUUCGAGAAACUGUAUUGAAUAUGUUGGGAUUUAACAUGAAAACAGCAGACAAGGAAAUUAUCACUCACCUAAGGCUUAUUAUCCAAGAUUAUGAAGCAUCUAACAAAUCCAAGAUUGCUUCUGAUUGUGAGACUAGACAGGAUAAUUAAUUUUAAAAGUUCUGCCUUCUUAUU